UCAGCUAUUCUCUGUUCAGGAUGCAGUUCUCUCUCCAGUCCAUGUGUCAGUUAGCCUUCCUGAGUCUCUGCUGCGUGCUUAUCGCAGCUGGCUCGUUCGUCCCGGGGAGAUGUUUGUGUCCAGAUACACAGAACGGAGUCCGAGGUCAACUCAAAGAGCUCAGUGUGUACCCAAAGAGCGCCAGCUGCAACAAAAUCACAGUGAUAGUGACACUGAGGAGCAAUAAUGAGACGAGGUGUCUCAAUCCUGACACUCCGCUUGGCAAACAGCUGAUCCGUUGCUGGAACAAAGCUCAAAAGCUGGGUCGUGAUCCAAAGCUUUGCCUAAAAAGGAGAAGGCGAGGAAGAGGAGGUCAACGUCAGAGGAGUCGACAGAGGAUCCGAGGUCACAACAGGAAAUCCUCAUCCUCCCACUCUCAGUAGUCAAACUUGACACCUAAUCUAAAGCUACUGUGAGGGGAGAAGUGUGCAUACACUGAUUGUUGCUUUUCUCUGGACUUGAGGCCGUCAGGGGCCGAUGUAAAGAACAACAUGCUUUCACUCUUCCUCCUCUAAAUGUCGCCCUGCUCUGCUCUGGCAUCAGGCUCCCCUACGGUUGUUGUCUGGGCUGUAAAUCUCCUUCUGUGCAGGGAGCAGGGAGGUUUAUUUUCUAUGUGCAAAUGACUGAUGUAAUGUAAAACAGUAAGCCCUGGAGGCUAAAAUGUAAGAGCUUUAAAACACUGUUAAAUGGUCAAUGCAUUGUCAAGGUCUAUUUUUUGUCCAACCUAACUGAAGACACUACUUUUUUUAUUUAUUUUUAUAUGUAUUCAGACUUUUUUAAAUAAAUACAUCAGAAG